AUGCUCCAGCCUGAAAUAGAACACAAUGCACCUUUGCAAAAAUACUCCAUGUGUCGACGAGUUUGCGCUCUCAUCGUGCUCUGGUUAUAUUGUUGUAUGUCCUAUUGCGAUCGCUACACUAUCGCUGGAGUUUUAUCAGAAGUGAAAGAAGUGUUCGAUCUAAACCACACCAACUCGGCCUGGUUGACGACUAUUUUUCUUAUUUCUUACAUGUCCUUCGCCCCCAUCAUCGGCUACUUGGGCGACCGAUUCGACCGAAAGUGGCUGCUCAUCAUCGGCCUGCUUUGCCAAAUCAGCACCAAUCUUGCGGGCUCGACGGCGACGACGUUUGGAGGUUUACUCACAUCUCGAUUUUUCCUUGGCGUUUCUGAGUGUGUCUUCAAUGUCAUCGCUGUGCCGUUUAUCAGUGACUUAUUUGGACCGAAGACGAGAACUUAUGCCAUUCAGGCUUUGUCUACUGCCACCCCUAUUGGAGGAGGACUUGGUUACGUUAUCGGCGCUGAGGCUUCUUCGACCUUUGGAGGGUGGUACUGGGCCCUCCGCGUUACAACACCUAUCACUGCCUUUAUCGCCGUUUUGAUGAUGUUCAUCUUGCCUUUUCAACUAAAGCGCGGAGCCAUGGAGCCGAACAUGAUUACCGCCAAGGAAGAAUAUCUCACCGACCUCAAAUACUUCCUCAAUGUGAAGACAUACGUAUACACCGUGACUGGCAGCGCCUGCACGAACGCAAUGAUCGGCAUCGCAACGCUUUGGCUACCCGAUAUGUUUUCACAAGUAGCAGUUCUAGCGCACGAACUGAAACCAUGCGCGCACCCACCUUGCGAAUUUGAAGAAAUUAACUUGAAAUUCGGCGCCUUGACCGUAGUUGCUGGACUACUCGGAGGAUUACUAGGAAUUUAUUUGUCUCGACUGGGACGAAAAUUAGGAAAUAAACUUAUUGAGCCUGAGCUCUGUGGUUAUGGCAAUCUUGUAUCGACUAUGUCUAUUGCCAUAAUGCUCCUUUUUAUGAUGAUCUACCGAAAGUUGAGCUGGGUUAUGGCUUUUCUAGCCCUGACUGGGAGCUCUAUCAACUGGGGACUCUCAUGUGAAAUAGUUAUGUCUGUCAUUCCUCCACGGAAACGAUCAACUGGCAAAGCCUUUUUUAAUAUUAUUAGUCAUGCGCUUGGUGACGCCCCCUCGCCUAUCAUCGUUGGUGCCGUGGCUGAUAUGAUAAGAAAAUACAGAGAUGGUGACCGAGACACCUAUCUUGCUGAAUUCCGCUCUAUGCAGUCAGCAUUCGUUAUUUUUGCACCUCUCUUCACGGUGAUAUCCGCGAUCUUAUACUUUGCCGCUGCCAGAUCCCUUAUCGCUGACCAAAAAGCCCUCGAACAAAAGAAAGAAUCUCAGAGUACGACUCUGUUCUAG